AUGUCUAAACAAGAAGACCCAUUGAAUGAAGUUAGUCUGAAUACGACGACGUGGCAUAGCCCUUCAAAGAGAGGACAAAAUAAUGAAUUAAAAAAUUUCAAUGCAUAUCCAAAUAAAGAAAACAUUCCUCAAUUGCAUACUGGAAGACUGGAGAAAGACCUUGAUCUCUAUUACAAACAAAUAUCAGAGUUUAUUAAAGCACAAUCUCUACAGAAACCUCAAAUAGAAAGGAUACAUGCCGUAUUCACAACCCUUUACAGAGAAUUAAAUAGGCGACACCUUCUGCGACAUUUGAGGGCAUUGGUCAAAGAACAUCUGAUAGUAGUGGUGAAGCUGAUAAAUAACAAUUUUUAUGACUACUCUCAAUCUGGGAUACUGUGUCUGUAUAACACCACCAACUUAUUCAAAGCACAUGAUUUGAAGGAUGUCAUACUGGCUGAUUUUUCUGAAUCAAACGAGUUUUAUCUCUCGACUUUAAAGAUUCUAUCCUUUCAAGUUAUUCUAAAAAAGAAAAAUUUGAAAAUGUAUGAGGACACUAUAAUACAGGCAUUUUCGCAUGAUGAAAGGUAUAUCCUUAAAGACCCAAACAUUAAGAUCCAUACUGUUGUAAAACUUUUGUUGAAUUUUUUCUCAAUUUUACCUACAUUUAAGACUUUAUUUGGUUUGAAAUUUCUACAAUAUAUAAAACAGUUCAACCUAUCAUUCCAGACAUACAUUAAGAAUAUGGACUCGAUCACCUUUGAAAAACAGUUGGUAAGAUACGGUUCUAAAAAUAUUCAGCAAUUGAAACCAUAUCUGAAUUCAUAUUAUAUAAACUAUUCAAAAUUCAACUCUCAUUUGACAAAAUUGAUGCUUACUGAUUUCGUUGGCAGAGAUCUCCAAAGUCAUAAGAAAACAUUUGCUCUCUUAAAGGACCAUAAAGAAAUAUCCAGUACAAGUACAGAAUGUUAUUGUUGUCUUUCUCAUAGUCAAAUGGACAAUUUCGUUAUUUCUUGUCAUGCACUAAUGAGUAAUAAUGACCAAAUUCAUUUACAUACAAUAGACGCAGUAACAUUUGGCUGGUCCAUAAUACGGAGUGAGAAUUUUCCUCGAAAUAAAAAAAUGCUGGCGUUAUUAGAUAGCACAUUAAUUUUUCUCAACUCCCAAAUGAAGCAUUUGGAAAAGAUGCAAAUAUCUUUAGUCAAACUUAUCAAAAUGCUUGCUGAAGUUUGUAUGGAUUAUCAAGAAUAUAAAAGAAUGACUAAUGUGAUCAAUGUUUCGUUUAAUUGCUUUGUUUUCUUCAGGAAUUUCGAUUUUUUAAAGUUAACAGCUGAAUUAGAAUCGAAGCAUUAUCUUGUGUGUCAUGAUAAAUCGCAAUGGAAAAAAUUAAUACAGAAAUUUGAGAAAUUCAUUGGCUCUGCACCUGAACAAUAUCAAAAAAUAGAACUUUUUUCUUAUGUCUUUAAUACGUUCCUUCUCUUUAAUGACGACAGUUUAUCCUUUGUUGUGGAAUUUACAGAAACAAUUUUUCUACGUUGCUUUAGUAGAUUGAAAUUAACCUAUUUUAUUGAUUUUCAUGAUGUAUCAGAGCCCAUGUUGUCCAUUCUUUAUGGGAAUUCAUCGAUUACAAAUAUACCACAUGGAGAUUGGAAUAACCUUACUGAAAUGCUUUUUUUCUGCGUGAGUGGUAGAUUUGAAAUAAAUGCAAUUAAUAUAAACCAAGUGACGACAAAGUGGUAUUAUCUCUACAAAUACAAGGACCUAAUAAAGAGCAUAUAUGUAUUAAAUUUGGAUAUGAAAAAACAUUCUUCAUCAAACCUUUCUCAACUAACUUCAAGCUAUAUUUCUAAAUGGGUACAAAAAACAUCUCUCCUAAACGAAGGAAUAUCAUCAAUCGAAGUGACCUUCAUAACGAUGCUAUUCCAAUAUUUGGGCUUCAAUAAUUUCAAUAAAUGUAUCCUUACCCUAUCUGCCGCAUUACGAGACCAUAUAAAUUAUUUUGCCCCACUUAAACUCGAAAUUUCCAGAUGGAACAUACAAUCAAGCAUCAACCUCCAAUUAAUGGAACAAAUUAAUGAUGAGGCUAAGCUUCUUUCUACUAUUGCUCCUACAUAUACUAUUUGCAAACUUGAGAAGCUGUUAACUUUCUUGGAGGCCAAACUUGAUGUGUUCACAUGGACAAAUGAUUACGAAGGAUUCCAGGAACUAUUUAUGGAAGAACUACCCAGUGUUCGCUUGGAGGUAUUUGAUCUUAAUAACCAGUCCAAAAUGCCCGCUUCCCAAUACAUCAAAGUUCUCCUUUUUAUGACGAAGUUAUUCAAUCAUUCAUCAAGAUUACACCUUGCAAGGGACGAUAUAACUGCAUCAGUGAUAGAGAGCAAAAGAGCUCUUAAAUUAGCAACUUCCCUUAUAAAGAAACAAAAUAAACUUUCGCAAAGUUCGAGAAUACGACUGAUUAACUUAGUUCUUAACUCCUUUACUCAGUUAAUUGAAAUUUAUAUUCGACUGGGUCUAGCAAAGGAGGCUGAUUAUUACGCUGACCAGCUAUCAAAAGUUAUAUGUGACCUUGGUGAACCGUCUGUCGUUUACCGUGGAUUACAUUUCUUGCAUAACUACUAUAAACUAGUGAAACACGAAGCCUUGGAAAUAAUUACUUUACAAAAGGCCAAUAAGACCUUUGAUUACCUUGAUGGAGAAUCUGAUAUUGAAAGCGUACUGAUGUUUUUAUUUGAUAAUUCAGAAUUUAAAAAGAUUAGUGAAUCCUUAAAUCUUUUUUUCCAAGAUGACUUUAACAAUAGUUUUUUGCCGUUAUAUUGGCAAUUAAAAAUGGGCAGGCCGAUCGAUGACUCAUUAUGUUUAACAACACUGAAGUCAACUAAUUCUAUCAAGAAGCUCGAGAGAGAUUACAAACAUGUUUUGGGACAAUUGGAAAGUGAUCCAUUUUUCAAAAAUUUGUUUGAAUCGAUUUUAGCUGUUCCUGCAGUUACCAACAUCCACAACACACAAUCAGAUGGCACAAUGUGCUUAAUGGAGACGCCGACGAAAAAAAAAUUGGCCUUCAAGGUAAACGAUUCACCCAGGCCCUCUAACAUGACUCCAAAAUCCAAGAACUUAAAGCAGAAAUUUGAUAAAGCCGUGGCCCUAAGUAACCUGAAUCGUAUCAAAUGCUGUAUCGAAGAUUUAAAUUUAGAAUUGCUUAAUCACGGUGAUUUACUCAAUAUUUCAUCAUUAUUCUCGUUAACGGUAACGAUGUUAUCAAAUAUAUCAAAAAAUGCACUUGAAGAUGCUACACUGUUUCAAAGAUUUAACUUAAUUGACUUGCCAAAGAGAGUUCCAAUGUAUUACGACAAGCUUUUAAGCUCGAUUGACGACGACCUCUACACAGAUAUCAAGUUAUUACCGUUCUCUUCGAAUCAUGAACAGACUCGGAAGAAGCAAGCCCUACUUAGCUUAAACGAAAGUACUGAAUUUUGUGGUUUAUCAUUUGAUGUAAUCACAAUUGAUAUCUGUUCAAUUACUGGUAAUUUAUUACUUUCAAAGCUAAGUGCGACAAAUGGACAUAAAAGUCAUUUAAGUAUACCAUUAAAUAGGGCCAACUUAAGGGAUUUGGAUGCUUAUUCUCUAACAUUUGUGGAAGCUGUAAAAGAAUUGGCUUACAUUAUCGAUGAGAGUAACAGUACAACAUCUGUUGAAGUUACUUCUUCUAUAAAAACUAAAGAGGACAGAAAGACGUGGUGGAAAUCUCGUUAUGAACUGGAUAAUAGACUAAGUUCUUUACUCCACAAUAUUGAAACAUCAUGGUUUGCAGGAUUGAAAGGUUUAUUUGAUCAGUCGGUGGUUGAUCCGUCCUUAUUUGAAGAAUUCAAGAAAAAGUUUUACGGUAUUCUACAUUCAAAUCUACCAAGCCGGAAGCAGAUGGGUAAACCGAUGACAUUUUUACAAAUAAAUGAUUGGAUUAUUGAGUUGUUUCUCAAACUUGAUCCUCAAGACGAUGAAUUUAUAUCAAUGAUUGAAGAUAUGAUCUAUUUUACGCUAGAUAUUCUUUUAUUUCAAGGAGAAGAGAAUGCAUACGAUGAAAUUGAUUUAAGUAUGGUGCACAUUCAAUUAGAAGAGCAAAUAAAACGAUAUCAUUCCAAAGUAAUAUCAAACUCUCAUAAAGUUGAUCAUACAUUUUUAGUCAUUGGAAGUGCCUGCCAUACUUUCCCCUGGGAAUCAUUAUCUUUUAUGAAUGAUCUGUCAUUGAGUAGAAUUCCCUCUAUAAAAUGGUUAGAAUCGGCAAUUACAAGGCAUUAUGAACAAUUAAUAAAAGGUGUUCCAUUAACUGAGAAGAUUUCGAUGAUAUUAAAUCCACACGGUGACCUUGAAAGAACUGAAUUGAGGUUUCGAGAAACAUUUGAAACUAUUGUAGCCAAAAGGCCUAGUUCGAGUCUCAUUGUUAAUGAAAAACCUGAUGAGGAAAAAAUGUUGCAUAUGAUGUCUAAUUGUAAUCUUUUUAUCUACGUGGGCCAUGGUGGUGGGGAACAGUACGUGCGUACAAGAGAAAUUAAAAGAUGUGAUAAUGUCGGACCAAGUUUCCUACUAGGUUGCUCAUCUGCAUCCUUGAAAUAUUAUGGAGGUCUGGAACCUACGGGAACAGUGAAUUCUUAUCUGUUAGCUGGAAGCCCUCUAGUCUUAGGAAAUCUCUGGGAUGUGACAGACAAAGAUAUUGACAAAUUUAGCCAAAGUGUAUUCGAGAAAAUUGGGCUAGUGAUGGGUGAGGAUGAGAUAAUUCAUAAGAGAUCAAUCUCGAGGGCAGUUAAUGAAUCACGUCAACUCUGUCAUUUGAAAUUCUUGAACGGUGCAGCCCCAGUGGUUUAUGGAUUGCCAUUACAUUUCUUUACGUAA